AAAUCGCAUUCAGCAUCCCACGACGCGUUGUAAGCAGAAGAGAGCGAAGUGUGCGAGCGCUAAGAGCAGAAGAGCAGAGCGAAGAGUGCGGGUGUGAGGAGGGCAAUAGCAGAAGAAAAGAAGAGAGUGAGGGUGUGAAUAGCUUGAGAAGAAAGGACUGCGAGUGUGAACAGCUAAAGAGAACAGGAGGAAAGAAGAGGGGCGCGUGUGAGCAGCUCAAGAGUGCGGAGCUCACGAAGGAAAAUCUGUGCGAGUGCUCGGGGCUCAAGAACAGAAGAAAAAGUGCGAGUGUGUUUGGCUCAUUGGACGGACGCAUCGGCUUUUGGAAAUGUCUUUAAGGAUUACAAUCAUCGGUCUGAUCUCCCUCUUUCUGUUACCGAUCGUGUUAACUGGGACAACAGAGACCUGUGACGUGGAAUUUUCCAGCCCAAAGGUGAUUGUGAGAUAUGGGGACCCAGUGAAUGUGACCUGUAGCACCAAUCACACGGAUUACAGGGCCACGGGCUGGGAGGUCUCAGUCGGAGCUGUGAAACUGGAGGGCAGCAACUCGGCAGUGUGGAAUGUGAGCAACCUGACUGUGUGGGACGCUGAGCCCAAGUGCUUUAUAAACUUGAAGGCACCUCCUCGCCAGUGCAAUAAACCACUAAACCUCAUCAUUUACAAACUUCCAGAUAAAGUCUCCAUUGAUGUUCCUGAAAGGAUGGCAGCUAACAAACCUUACAACGUGACUUGCCGAGUGCAAAGCGUGGCACCACGGGCAUACGUCAAAGUGAAGCUUAACAAAGGCAAUGAGAUGCUUGACAUGAAGAUGUAUACUAGUAACAACACAAAGAUUCCUGUUGAUCUCCACGAGACCUUCACUAUCUAUCCAAGUGUAAAUGACCAUGGGAAGAAUUACUCCUGUGAGGUGGAGCUGAACUUUACUGAAAAAAUACUGAGCAGCCAUUCAGAGCCUGCUGUCAUAUCGGUUGUUGAUAUAAAGAAACCCAAAUUAUUCCUGGCUAACAGCACUGAGGAUAUUGAAAUUGGCGAGCUCUCACUGGUGGUCUGCUCCUCUCAAGAUUCCUUCCCACUGCAAGAAGUGGAGAUGCAGGUGUUUUUUAAUGGAAAGGAAGUGAAUUCGACAGUUAAAGCGGGCUUGCUGAAUGCCACCUACACACAAAAGUCUGCUGCACCGGUGAACAUUUCCUGCACUGUUUCAGUGCAAAACUUCAGUGAAACCAGCAACCUGAUUGUGAGGGGAUACAAUCUGCCAAUUCCCACUAUUGGCAUUCCAGAUCACAUUCCUGAGAAUGAUAAUGUAGAUAUCACAUGCCAUGUGGAGAACCAGCAGCCAGUCAAUACCACCCAAAUGCUGAAAAUCCUUGGUGAAGAUUUGGUAAGCACUGAUGGCAAGGCAGUCAUUCACAGCUAUACGGGACAGAGGGAGCAUAAUGGAAGGACAGUUAUAUGUUUGACCAUCCUUCAACUACCAACCCAACGAGUCACGAGGGGCAGCAACACCACCCUCAAUGUCCAAUAUCUACCAGUUUUUCUCAAAGCAUUACCAGUAAAAGAAGACUUCAAAAGCGGCGAGAGUCUGGCCAGCAAAAUAACCUGUGAAGCUGAUGGGAACCCCAAACCUGAAAUAGAGUGGUUAAAAGACAACAGAAGUAUCGAACCUGAUAAGAGUCUGGGUCAGGGAGAUGAAGGAACAUACGUGUGCGAAGCAAAGAAUGCGCUGGGCACGGCCACCCAUAUUGUCAUAAUCACUGUUCAAAGUCCUAACAUUUUACUCUAUGUAUUAUUAAUCACAUUUGUAAUUGCAAUUGGUUUGUUCACUUCUCUUUUCUAUUAUAUAUAUCGCAAGAAAACCAAAACUGGUGAGUACGAUGUCAAGGACAUAAAGAACCCAUCCCGUAAUGGCAAUGUGGCCCAAAAUGACAAUAAAGAGAAGCAUCCCUUACAGCCCGUAAAGGUCUAGGAUUUACCUGGAGACUAUUGCCCAUUUUAGGUGUGUUUCCUGGACAGCGCCUGGAGCUGAACGUUAUGUGAGGAGUGUGAAGAAGCAGUUGUGGCUGCACGAAGGACGAACUGGACGUUUGUAGCACACAGAUUGUUGUGGGGCCACAGCACCAGGCAGAUGCCCUCAAUGAAUCAAAUAAGCCACAGCUGAUGGACUGCAUUACCACAGGAUCUGUGUCAUCAGUACAUUGGAGGGCUGAAUUUGUAUAUUUUCUUUUACAUAUUACACUAAUUAGAAUUUAGAUGCUCUCCUUUGUACACUAAAAUUCAAUUUUUGCUUUACUAUGCAGUGUUAUUUAAGAGGUUACUUUUCCAGAAAAAAAAAAAAAAAGAAAUCCUCUCCAGCUACAGGGUUCAAGACGCUCAACAAAUCAGUACAUCUGGGAAAUGCCAGUUGGCCGUCAAGAGGGGCUCAUGUGAGGGGAUCUGCAUCGAAUGGUUCUUUAUGCUACCUGUCUCUUCCCAGUGCCCAAAAAUGUUCACAUGGAAUCUGAAAGGAUCACACAGAAUAGUGCCCCCUGCAGGGUGGAUGUGUUGGCUGAGAUGGCAUUGCAGGAGAAGAGUUGCCCGUAGCCACUACUGUUCUUUUUGGAGGCCAUUCAAGUGUUCUUUACUAAAAUGCCUUUGAAGAUUAUAUGGACUGUUUAAAUGUGUGUGGGUUUUUAUUUUUUACUUAAUUUAUUUUGUAAUAGAGUUGCACUUGAUUUGAAUCUACUACGUUUUGUAUUUACUAUGUUCAGAAUUAAAAGAUGUCUUAUAACUGA